GGCUCAAGCCACUUCGGCCCGGCAGCGAGCCUCGGAGUCGCCAGCGUUCGAGCAGCUCGCGCAGAGGCAGCUUUGAAGUCUCCCCGCCGCCGCGAUGCACGGGGGCCGCGCCGCCGCCUGCCUCCUCCUGCUGCUGGCCACCAGGGCCGCCGGCGACGAGACGUGCGGCGCGGGCGAGUGUGGCGUCGACGAGGCCGCCCUCUUGGCGCGCAAGGCGGACGUCCACAAGCACGGACAGGGCGCAAACGCAACGGGCACGGUAUGCGACGCCACCGACGUGCCAGGCCCGAUGGCAAAAGGGUGCAGGUGGAUGAAGACUCCUCCCGGCGACGACUGCGCACAAGCCACCGAAGGGGCGUGCAUGUGCCGGGACUGCAACCUGUACAGGAACGGCUGCCCGAUUUGUGAACCGAGCCCGUGCACCAAGCGCUACUGCUUCGACAUCGUUGACUUGCCGGGCAACAGCUGCCAGUGGAUGUACAACAGCGGGGACGAUUACCAGCAGCAGACGCCCAGCGCUAUCGACUGCCGCAAUGCCAACCAAGCACAUUCCCCGCGCCCCUGCCGCUAGGGGCGUCUUCUGUGAGGCGUUGGCCGCCGAUCCGAUGAUCUGCUAGCAUGUAGGUUUGAAGAGCCGCUCCUUUGCUCUGGGUGACCCCCAGUUGCAGAGGCUUCUGUCGAGACCCUCGACCGCAGCGCAGUGUUCUUAGUUCAUUCCCUGCGUGGCAAAGCGGUACCGCGCGCGACGCGGUUUCGACUGCGUGGCUCGAGGUGCUGGCCAUUGGUUGCGACGUCGACUCAUCAUCGAUUCAACUUUUUUGUUUGUAUGUGGUCGCUCAGCAGCUAGGGGGCAUCUAGACUGAGG